AGUAACGUGAAAAAUAUUUAAAAACUACUAACGUCAAAGAUAUUUAAAAACUAGUAACGGUCAAAGAUAUUUAAAAACUAGUAACGUCAAAGAUCCCUGAUACUGUUUAUAGACGUUGAAAAAAUCUUGAGAAGACCCAAAAUUUUGUUCUUUCAGAUGUCUGGAUUCGAGGGUUUCGAGUAAUACAGUUAUUGGGAAAACUCUGUGCGACCAGAAAGAUUUAUUUCUUGUGUUGCACAGAAUCAAUUUAAAUUUUAACACGAUCGAUGAUUUUGAACUGUAUGGUGUGCUUGCGGGAUUGAAUUAUACGGUGUUUAAGGAUCGAUAAAUGUACUUUUGUUGGUUUGAAUUAUAUGGUGUUUAAAGAUUGAUCGAUGUGGACUUUCGGAUUGAACUAUAUGGUGUGCUUUUUGUUGGAUUGAAUUAUAUGGUGCUUAACUAUCAAUCGAUGUGCUUUUGUCGGAUUGAAUAGUGUCGGAUUGAAUUAUAUGGUGUUUAACUAUCAAUCGAUGGGCCAAGAGAGACUAUCAGUUGUUUUAUCGCAAGAAUUAUCAUUAGAUCGUGGAGGCAGGUGUAUAUUAUUUUUCUUACAAGAAUGUUUUAUGUUUUAUUGAGUUUCCAUUUACUAUUUUUCUUACGUGCUGAAGGUAGUCUCUCUCAUUGUUUGUAAGAAGGUACAUUUUUCAGUGAUGGUGAUUGUCUAUGGAAGGGCAAUACUUAAUCGGUGAAUCAUCCAGACUGUUACGAGACUUCUCCAUUGGUUUUUCAAUUAUUGUAUUUGUUUAUUCAUCUUAUCUUCUAGGUCCUUCAACUUCUUCCCAGAUUGGUUUUAGUUUUCUUGAAUUCACGAGCUUUGCAGGGAAACUAAGAAUUGAAGGGGGUGCAGGGUGUGCAAAUGGAGGGUGGAAAUUCUGUGAUAUUGAGGCACUUAGGAUGAGCAUUUGGGACAAGUGCGGUUGGAAUUUACUCUCUGGUUUGAUGGAUAUGGAGGCAGAUGCUAUGUUUUGUUGGCUAUAUUUCUCUUUCGUAGUCCCUUACUAAUUCUGUUGAAUCUGAAAAAGCAUGUUACUUUGCUAAUUGGUAUGUGGGGGACAGGUUUUGGUAGCAGGUGAUGGAUAUCCAGAGAAACUUUUGGUUCUAUUAUCUUUUCAUUCAUUAUUUUAUUCGCAGAGUGGAAGUUCUUGUAAACAGGCACUGUAUGGGUAUGAGAGGCUUUCUAAUUUGUAUAGUUUGCCUUUAACUCGUUUGGCAGUGAAGACUUGCAAUGGAUGUCUGUUGGGUUGUGGAGGCAAUGGCGGUAUAUUAUUGUUUAGAAUGACCGUAGUCACUCUCAUUUGUUGAAUAAUAGUAGGAAGGUACAUGAUUGUGUUUGGAAUGGUUGUAGUCUCUCUAUUUUUGUUACGUUUCUAUUCACUGAUAUUCGUAUGUGGUCGAUUUGGAAUGUGGAUGUAGGAAGGUACAUAUAUCAGUCAUCGUGUUUCUAUGUAAAUGCAGUAGUUGAUCAUUGACUUGAUGAUUAAUAGAAUUUAAACCUCCCUUGAUUUUUGAA